AUGUUCGUCCUUUCCUCCCCUGAGGCUCCGUUGCACGCAGGAGCUUCCAUCUUCUGCAUGAACAUCGGGCUGGUGCUUAUCGAAGCCAGCAGCCUCAAGUCGAGCCGCUACGAGCGGGUUGCUCUGAGAACCAUCACCUCGAUCUCCCUCGCUGCGCUGAGCUGCUGGAUCCUCGGCUUCGGCUUUGGCUUCGGGAUCGACCGGGGAGGCUUCAUAGGGUCGAGCAAGUUUGCUCUGGAUGGGUUGGGAGGCGAUCCAUCUCAAGGAACUUCUGACGAGUGGGAGCGUUGGUUCCUGUUCUUCUCCGUGAGCUCAAUUUGCGGCAACAUCUCAACCCUGGGGUUGUCGGAAAGGGGCAAGAUAGAGGCAAUCUCGACUUACAUGACUGUCCUUGUUAGCGUCGUGUAUCCCAUCAUCGUCCACUGGUGCUGGGGAACAGGCUGGCUCUCUGCCUGGGGAGCGUACCCGGACGCGGACGGGUCAGCUCGUCCGAUCUUUCACCGUUCAAGCGACUCGAACGGCCUGCUGGACGUAGGAGGAGCAGGAGUUGUCUACUUGGUGGGAGGAUGCGCAUGCAUGGUAGCGACGAUCUUCCUUGGAGGAAGUGACUUGCGGUUCGUGGACAGGACGAUGCUUUACCAGGAGGACCCGGUCAAGUCCAUCGCCCACCUGCUGGGCGUUCUGACCUUCUGGUUUGGGAGCUUCUCAUUCAACAGCGGCUUCCAACCCCAUGACAGCCCUUCCUUCCUCCUCAAUGCCGCCGCCAAGGGGAUGGUGACUACGGCAAUCGCAGGAGGAGCAGGAUGCCUGACUUCGAUCGCCACCUGCUCUCUCCUCAAGCAAGGAAAUGUCGCGUAUCGAGGCUUAAACGGCACCAUGGUCGCGCUGGUCGCCAUCUCGUCCUGCGCCAUCAUCGUGGACCCCUGGAUGUCGCUCAUUGUUGGGACCUCCUCCUCCCUCCUCGCUCUCGUCACUCACCUCCUCAUCAACAGGCUCAGCUUGUGUGACCCCUGUGACGUUAUCGCCACAUUUGCGGUGGGAGGAGGCUGGGGCCUGCUCUGUGCCGGCAUCUUCUGCACGGACGCGGACGUGCAGGCAGCUCAGUUCCCCAACAAGAACCGAGCGUGCGCAAGUGGGGAGCAGUUCGGAGUGCAGCUUGUAGGUCUGCUGGUCAUCUUGACGUGGACCAGCGCGCUGUCGUGGGGGUGUUGCUUCCUGGUCGACUGGAUGGUUGGUAUGCACGACGAGGAGCAGCUGCAGCAGCUCGUUCGCUUCUUCGAGGACCACCGCCACAGCAUGACCACCGCGCACAUCUCGUCUGAGGUGGACGUGUCUUCGGAGAUCCGAAAGUUCCUGCAGACGAGGGGCUCGAUGGUCAAACAAGGAGCUGGGGAGAAGCAGGAGACUGACAAUGGGCUCCGACUCAGCAGCGACCUCGUAUACGCCAAGUUCGUGGGUAAUGACUUGAGCAGGCCGACCAGCGUGCAGUUCGAUCGCCAGGGGAGUGCGCAGAAGUCUGAAACGGGGGAGGGCGCAAGGGCGGUGGACGCAAGGGCGGUGGACGCUGAGUUGCAACGAGGGGGUGAAGAAGGAGGGGAGGUGUCAAAAGGCCCAGCUCCUCUUCCUCCCCUUCCCGUUGUGUCCCAAGAGAGCAGAAAGUCGCUCCUCGACGAGAUCAUUCAGCGAACAAACUCGAGCUCCUUCGAGUCUUACAACGGGCCGAUACACAACGCACGGUUCUUCCAGAGCCCCGACAGCAAGGCCGUGAGCGUGGAGCACAGCUACAUGACCGGUGAGGAAGCCGGCGAGAGGACGCAGCAGAGAGAACAAGCGGAGUCGGAGGAGCGGGAGGAGAUGGCAGAGUGA